AAGCAGGACCACAAAGUAAAACUGUUGACAGCUUCCACUCCUCCCACCCCCAGCUCUUAUGUAGUUUCCAGUAUGUGUAGAAGGGCUCCAUUGGAGAUAGACAUUGAAGGUGUUUGGGACAUAUGCCCAAUUAAAGAUGGCUAGCUCAGGGUCAGAAAAAACUCCAUUUCCUCGACCCUAGGGAGGAAGUCAUUCCCUUCCCCAUGGAAGAAGAAAAGCCCUUUCAGGGCACUGGUAAGGGUGGGGCCAGAAUUGAAUCUGGACAGAAAUCUUCCCGGCGUUUCUUGAUUUCUAAUAUCCAGUUUUACUUCCUUUUCAUCUCUCCCUUGUCUUCUUACUCGCUCAUCCCUCUCAUCUCGCCUUUCUCAACUUCUGACUUACCUGCCCUAUUUUAUUUUGGUUUCACUUGUCCCGACCUCAGCUGUGCCCUCUCCUACCCUGCUUUCAAAAGCUAACCUGUAAGCCUCUCACCUGCUGGCUUACCUGUUCCUUCUCACUUUUCCAUCCUCAGUAGUGACUCACUUGUCCUCCCUUCUGUCUCAACUGAACUCUCCUGUGCCUUUUCAUUUGUAUAUCCUAAACUUCCCUAAUUUUAUCUGCUAACCUGCCGGACCCUCACCUGCCCCGCCCCCUCAGUCUCAUUUUCCUCCCAAAUGUCUGCAGGCUCUCCAGGUGCCGGGGCCUCGCCGGGAAAAGGGGGGAACUUCAAUCUAACCAGGAAAGAGCUAGGAGUUUUGAUGCAGAAAGGGCGGUGCCAUCUGAAAAUGGUGCCAAUAAAGAGACUGAAGCGGGGCAACCGAACCAAGGAGACCAGGGUGGGCGGGUGAAAUGGAAAGCAGGGUCGAUGAAGACGAGGGCGGGUCUAGUAAUGGAAAUGGGCUGAAGAGACUGCAGGGACAGUGGGAGACUGAAUCGGCCGCGUUCCCGGUCUCCCUAUCCUGACGGAAUUUGUAAGUCCCGAGGCCGCUGUCAUGACCCGUGUCCAUGAACAGACAAGAAAAGCCCGUGUUCUGAUUAACCCUUCCCUCGCCCCACCUCAUCCCGGAAGCGGAAGUGACGGAUACGGAACUAGCCUGUUGCCGAGGGGACGGGCCAGACAGAUGCCAACAUGGCAGCGGUUGGGUCUAGCGGUUCCACCGGGGCGGCUGGGCAAGGGACGGUCUCCGCGGGGUCGUUGGAGGCUGGGACCGUGAGUGCGGCUCACCGGCGCCUCAAAUACAUAUCCCUAGCCGUGCUGGUGGUCCAGAAUGCCUCCCUCAUCCUCAGCAUCCGCUACACCCGCACACUGCCUGGGGACCGCUUCUUUGCUACCACUGCUGUGGUCAUGGCCGAAGUGCUCAAAGGUCUCACCUGCCUGCUGCUGCUGUUCGCACAGAAGAGGGGUAACGUGAAGCACCUGGUCCUCUUCCUCCAUGAGGCUGUCCUGGUACAGUAUGUGGACACACUCAAGCUUGCAGUGCCCUCUCUCAUCUACACCUUGCAGAAUAACCUCCAGUAUGUUGCCAUCUCCAACCUGCCUGCUGCCACUUUCCAGGUGACAUACCAGCUGAAGAUCCUGACCACAGCCCUCGCCAUUGUCCAGGCACAGCAAGCUGGUGGUGGAGGCCCACGGCCACUGGAUCAGAACCCUGGGGUGGGCCUAGCAGCUGUCGUGGCCUCCUGUCUCUCUUCAGGCUUCGCAGGUGUCUACUUUGAGAAGAUCCUCAAAGGCAGCUCAGGCUCUGUGUGGCUGCGCAACCUGCAGCUGGGCCUCUUUGGCACGGCACUGGGCCUGGUGGGGCUCUGGUGGACUGAGGGCACCGCUGUGGCCCACCACGGCUUCUUUUUCGGAUACACACCUGCUGUCUGGGGUGUGGUGCUCAACCAGGCCUUUGGUGGGCUACUCGUGGCUGUUGUUGUCAAGUAUGCCGACAAUAUCCUCAAAGGCUUUGCUACCUCCCUGUCCAUCGUGCUGUCCACUGUUGCCUCCAUCCGCCUCUUUGGCUUCCACGUGGACCCAUUGUUUGCCCUUGGUGCUGGGCUGGUCAUCGGUGCCGUCUACCUCUACAGCCUUCCCCGAGGUGCAGCCAAAGCCAUAGCUUCCGCUUCCACCUCUGCCUCUGCCUCCGGGCCCUGCACUCACCAGCAGCCUCCGGGGCAGCCGCCACCACCACAGCUGUCUUCCCACCGUGGAGACCUCAGCACACAGCCCUUUCUGCCAAAGUUGCUCACCAAGGUGAAGGGUUCGUAGCUGCUGGGAUUGAAGAUGCUGGCCUGGUCUCGUUCUCCCUUCUUACCCUGGCCCAGCCAGGACCAAACGCUCUAAUCAGUAUUAGGGGUAGGGGGAGGCAGACACCAAUGCCCCUCUCUCUACCACCCUCCACAUACGCAGGGCUGACACAAC